AGCCUGAAUAUUGGAAAAAAGUUCAUCUAUUAAAGUAUUGAGAAUAUGGACGGUUCAAACCAUCAGACCUUCUCACCAUGUGGGCCCCAGCGGCUGGCGACAUACCGUGGACAUCAGUUGCAUGGAGGCAAACCGAACGGAUGUAAACUGAACAGCUUUAAAAAAAAAACCGCCAACGGCUUCCUUCUCUCUCUCUCUCUCUCUCUCUCUCUCAAAUGAAGAAGCUUCUCUUCUCCAAUCGUUUCUCCUCCAUCAGACUCACCCACACUCCAAAACCCACUACUCUGUUCCUGAUUCCUGUCCAAUUUACCACCUCUGCCACUGAGCCGACCUUCACAGACUCGGACGUAUCUGAAGAGCACGACGAUGGCGGAAACCCAUGUCCGAUCAUCCAAGAGAAGGACUUCUUGCGCAAAAGCAAAAGUAAAAACUCAGAAACAGGCCUUUACAUUCUCGACCUCAUCGACCGUCAUUCAAUCGAACCGGACCAAGAAAUCUACAACCGAUUGCUGAAGAAGUGCACGCAGAUGGGGAAAUUGAAAGAGGGAAGAAUCAUCCACACCCACUUCCAAAAAUCCAAAUUCAAAUCUGAUCUGUUCAUACAGAACACCAUUAUCAACAUGUAUACGAAAUGUGGCAGUUUGGCCGAAGCCCAGAAGGCGUUUGAUGAAAUGCCCCUGAAGGACAUGGUUACAUGGACUGCCUUGAUUACUGGAUAUGCUCAGAACGAUCGAGCAGAGGAAGCGCUCGGAUUGUUCCCUCGGAUGCUUGAACAUGGAUUGAAACCUAACCAAUUCACAUUUGCCAGCCUUCUGAAGGCUUCUGGUGCUGCCCCAGGCGAUGAGCAUGGCAGACAAGUCCAUGUGUUUUGCAUUAAGUAUGGUUGUGACUUGAAUGUUUAUGUGGGGAGUGCUCUUUUGGAUAUGUAUGCUCGGUAUGGGGACAUGAAGGAAGCUCAUUCGGUGUUUGGCAGAUUGGUAUCUAAGAACGAAGUUUCUUGGAAUGCUUUGAUUGCAGGGUAUGCUCGGAAGGGUGAAGGAGAGAAUGCGCUUAGGCAAUUUUGGAAGAUGCAAAGGGCUGAUUUCGAAGCAACCCAUUUCACAUAUUCUAGUGUUUUCAGUGCUUGUGCGAGCAUUGGAGCUUUAGAGCAAGGGAAAUGGGUGCAUGCCCAUAUGAUAAAAGCAGGCAGUAAGCUUGUUGCUUUUGUUGGUAAUACACUCCUCGACAUGUAUGCGAAAUCUGGUAGUAUUGAGGAUGCAAGGAAAGUCUUUGAUCGGUUGGAUAAAAGGGACGUCGUUUCUUGGAAUUCAAUGCUUACUGGUUGUGCCCAACAUGGGCUUGGGAGAGAAACUGUCCAUCGGUUCAAAGAAAUGCUGAGAAUUGGGAUCCAACCGAAUGAGAUAACUUUUCUCUGUGUUCUCAAUGCUUGUAGUCAUGGUGGGCUACUGAAUGAAGGACAAUAUUAUUUUGAUUUAAUGAAGAAGUAUAAGGUGGAGCCAAAGGUCGAGCAUUACGUUACAAUUGUUGAUCUUCUUGGUCGAGCAGGCCUCCUUGAUCGAGCAGAAAGCUUCAUAAAAGAAAUGCCGAUCGUGCCCACAGCUGCUGUUUGGGGAGCUCUUCUUGGCGCUUGUAGAAUGCAUGGGAAUAUGGAGUUGGGGGUAUUUGCAGCGGAACGUGUUUUCGAGCUUGAUCCUUACGAUUCCGGCCCACACGUGAUACUCUCUAACAUCUAUGCAUCAGCGGGAAGAUGGGGCGAUGCAGCGAGAGUGAGGAAGAUGAUGAAAGAAGGUGGGGUGAAGAAAGAGCCUGCUUGUAGUUGGGUGGAGAUUGAGAAUUCAGUACACAUGUUCGUUGCAAAUGAUGAUACGCACCCUCAAAUCGAAGAGAUAUGGAGGAUGUGGGAGAUGAUAAGUGGGAAAAUCAAGGAAGUUGGGUACGUCCCAGAUACAAAUUAUGUGCUUUUGUUCGUGGAUCAACAGGAGAGGGAAGCGAAGUUGCAGUACCACAGCGAGAAGCUUGCUCUUGCGUUUGCCCUUCUCAAUACUCCCCCUGGAGCGACUAUUCGAAUCAAGAAGAAUAUUAGGAUGUGUGGUGAUUGCCAUUCGGCGAUCAAGCUUGUCUCAAAGGUGAUGGAGAGGGAGAUCGUCGUGAGGGACACCAACCGGUUCCAUCAUUUCAGCAACGGCUCUUGUUCAUGUGGGGAUUAUUGGUAAUGCUUACGAGUGGUAUCGGUCAAGUGCUGUCGAGACUAUCCAUUUGCUGCCAUUUUUCAAAUGGUGAUGGUUCAUCAACUGUACACAUGGUAUAAACGGAUGUCAACCUAGAACAUCCAAGUUGAGGGCCCAUUGUGGAUAGAGCAGAACCCAAAAAUCAAACUGAUCAAAUGGUCAUAACCAUCCAAUUAGAGGCUGUUAAAUGGUCAGCACAAACAAAAUGAUCAGCAGUCCAAAUUCCUCGGGCGAAAUCGGAUGGUUAGCAUCAUCUGAUCAGUGUAAUUUUCAAGCGAUGUUCCUUCAUCCAUGAUGGGCCCAUAAUUUGUCUGGCCAUAUAUUUAUGUCACAUGUACAGUGUAUCAAUGAAUCACUACCAUUUAAGAAAUGUGGCAUGUGGACACCUUAUCCAGUCAAAGAUUGGAUAUGCAUGAUUCCAGAGGGGAAUGAAUAUUCAAGAGAUGGCCAUCACUGGAUCAGUUGAUUGCAGGCCAGGCAGCUAAAUCAUGUUAGAUCAAAAGGAGUUUGGAGGAUCAUUCAAGAUGCAGCCAUUAGCCUGUAAUAUGUCAAAUUCAGUUUUGAAUUGCAGUUGGGGCAUUCAAAAUGCUAUCACAGAGUCCGUUUGAUGGGUAGAAUCCUCUUCUUCAGACUGAUAAAAGAGAAAUGAGAUGGAUUAGAGAAUUCUAUGACCAUCAGAUGAAACAAUCUACUCAUUUCGACUAAAAUAUGUAAAUGAGAUGGCAGCAGCAGAUCAGAUGAUUCUACAAUAGUCGGGUAAAACAAAUGAAAACCCUAUUUAAUUAUAAAGAGUCCCCCUCUCUGAAGUAAUGUUACGGGGAAUCUCUGAUAUAGUUCUGAGCAGCGAAUUCUUUCAUCAUCAUCAUCUAAGCCUUAUUUCCAUUCGGAUUAUCUCUCUCUAAAUGCUAUAUCGUGGAAGAACAAACUUGUAACAUAUCACCUGCUUCUUGUAAUCGCAUUAGCUAGAAGUUGUGUUUGGGAUUUGUUGCUUAAAAUUGUAGUUUGAAUUCAACACUGAUUAACAAUGUUGGAGCAGCAAUUUACUAUUGAA